GGGGUUGGAAGAUUGGUUGGUUCUGGCAGUUGGUUGGGUCUCGUGCGGGCCUUUAAACCCAAGGGGAAGUGUUUGUUCCUAUUGGAGUGUUCAGUGUAGACUCACUGUUCCAGUUGGAUCAGCUGAUAAGCUACUGACAGACUUUCAGGUAUAGAAGAACCUGGCUUUAAUUGUUCAAUCGGCCUUGGCCUAGAAUAGAUGGCAGACAAUGUCAACAACUAACAAUAUAGCACAAGCACGGAAACUCGUGGAACAACUGAGGAUUGAAGCAGGCAUUGAGAGGAUCAAGGUAUCCAAAGCUGCUGUAGACCUUAUGAAUUACUGUGAGCAGCAUGCCCGAAGUGACCCGCUGAUUCUUGGAGUUCCGACGUCUGAGAAUCCUUUUAAGGAAAAGAAACCCUGUAUCAUCCUAUAGCUUUGCCCAAUGAUGGAUGAAGUACAGCUCAUUCAAAUCCUAUCAAUGAUUACCAACAGCAAGAAAUAUUCAAGUCAAUGAAUACAGGUGUCCAAAUAGAAAUGUAUUUGUUUUUUAAAAUUAUAGUUGAAUCAGUGGUUGCAAAUCUGGCAAAGGGGAUUUAGAAAUUUCAGCCAAUGAGAAUUAACUUCACCGGAUCAAGCAAGGGAGGGGUUUUAAAGGAGAACAUUUUGUUAUUGAUGUGCUUUCUAAUGUGUCUACAUUUUGACUGGAUCAUAAGUUGAUAGUUUUAUUGUUUUUGUUUGGUGAGGGUGGGGUAAAGGGGUGAAAUGGAAAAAGAGGAUCUGUCGAGCUAUACCCAUAUGAAUGGAAUUGCUUUGUGUGAACUUUGGUGUUAACUUUUGGAAUACUUAGCACAUAAUACAGAAACUGAAUUAAAUGUCUAAGUAUUUCAAAUGUAAAACCAGGAAGAAGUAAUUCAUUUCCACUACUAAUAUUUAAUGGACGUUGCAAAUAAGGACACAUUUUAUUUACUCCUGCCUUUCAGUUCCUUCAACUUGAUCAAUACUGAGUACUUUAGUUUCAUCAGCAACUUUGAUUAAUUUUGUUGAGUGAUGAGAAUUUUUCGUGAAAUAAUAUUAUUGCCACAAGCAUUUACGUCUGUUUCAAUCAAGGAUAUGUCAGAAAAUGUAUUUUAGAAAAUUUAACAUUGUUAAAUUAGUAUAGUUUGUGCAUCAAAGUUUCCAAGAAUUCAACUUUGUUUAUGAUAGAUCAGAAGGAGUUAAACUUUUUUGUGCGAAACCUUUUUGGUUUUAGGUUUUGUGGUGCAGAACUUCUUGCAGUGAACUCUAAUUUAGACUUACAACUGCCAAUUUAUAUUGAACACUGCAUAUAGUGGCAUCAGUAUUGGUUUACAAAAUUAUAUUCACAAGCUUCUAAUGUGCGUUUGGCUGUAAUGCAGAGGUGGAGAAAGACAUAAGCUCAUUUCUGAUCGCUAAGACUGUGCGGAAGAGGGAAGUGUUUUGGACCUGACCUUUUAUUUUCUACUUUCCUCUGGUGAUCCUCAAAACACUGAAAUAGCAAAACCAUAGAUGCUAACCUUUUAAGUUGCAUUAUCAACUCUUGCUUAUCUUUGGACAUAGAUGUUCUGCUUUUUUAUUGAUUAAUCUUUGACUCACUUAUUGGGAGAAGUUAUUAAACUAUUAAUUUUAUGAACUUUGGACAAAGCUGUUAAAAUCUAGAAAACACAAUCUUCAAAGAAAUCAGCAAGUACAGUAGCAUCUCUCUAAUUUUACUAAAUUCUAUUUGAAAUACAUUGAGAACCCUUUUUCCAGUGCAAAGCUCUUGGCCAGCGCAACCGUGUUUACUUCCUGAAUUCACAAGAAAACUACCAGAAUAGAAUCCCCAGAACCAUUUGUUGAAAGCAAGGAUGCAUCCUGGCAGAGUGAUUUAAAACCAACAAAUAGAUUAACAACAGCCUGUUUCUGCACAUGCAAUGUGAAAUGGGAAAAUACUAGUACUGAUUUGAGAUUUCACGCUCUACUUUCCUCACUAACAACAUAGAAAAAUUUUUUCAGUUCCUAAUUUGAAAGUGUAAUAUUUAUGCAGUGGUAGUAGUUGCAGUUAGUUUGUUGUCUUGUAUCCUUUAAUAGAGAGGUUUUCCUACCAAUCACAACUGCCAAAUGUGAAUAUCUGCUCAGAUAGUGAAUUUUCUAAUGGGAUAAAAAUAACUACCUGGUGAUGCUGCAUGAUCUUAAUAUACCUUCAGGUCCUACCUCAACAGGAAUAGCCUUUGCCCUACCAAUACUGGAAGGCUUCCACAUCAGGGGAAUGGACUGCUGUAGUAAGGAAAAAUUGAAAUGCAAAUUCACUGUCGCGUGUAUAUAAUAUAAAUAAUAAUUAAAAUCUUUAUGUACAUGAGUUUAUAGCAGUUAGUUCACUUUCAAGGUAUAGGUGACAAAAUAUGCCUGUGUUUAAUGUUUGCAACGUUGUCUAACCCUCCAGUCUGCAUUACGCACAGAUUUUCAUUGACCUCUUAAUUAAGUAUUCAUAUUAUAUUCACAAUAAUCUGAAUAUAAUGCUGUUAUUAUGAAACCUUCCAACUCUGUCAACACUGAACAUGUCAGUAGAGUUACUACCUCCAUGUUCAGAUGGUUGAAUAUUGCUCAGAAAUGCUAAGCUGAACCUAUUCACUUAUUCAGCUCAGAGCAGUAUUUGCAUUUGCAGAAUACACGUGUACAUAUCUGGAUUGCUUCCAUACUAGGCAACAGGGCAUUGCUACUUGAGGGAAUUUAUUUUUACGGCUUCAUUAUUAUGCCAUUUCCUACUUGUGGAAAGUACAUGGCUUCAACAUGUUGCCAUCUACAAUGACUGUGGCUGUUUAAGGUUUUGUGGGUUGUUUUUUUUGUCAUCACCACCUCUCUACUGCUUAACACCUGUGAGAAAACCCUUCUUUCCUGGAAAGAAAGAAACUUGCAUUUAUGUAAUGCCUUGAUAUAUCAUAAAAUGCUUUUGAGCUAAAAAACCCUUUUGAUGUACAGUCACUGUUGUAUCUUUGCUGUACCUAUUAUUGCAAAGUUGAAACAUAGGAUCAAUCAAUGAGUUCAUUUUCAGUGAAUUCUUAUACAUUACCAAAUUUUCUUUUUAAGGCAGAUUCUACCACGCACAAACAAUAGGUUGUAGAAAUAAGCAAUUAAUUUCUUUCUUCAUCUUUGCUACUAGCAUUAAAGAUGUUAAACAGACCACCAAGACAAAUAUUUAGCAGGGAAGAUUAUACACUGGUAUCAGAAUCUGCAUGAAUUUCCUUCCAGUAAAAUUAAUAGUAGGAACAUUGUGAUUUCUAUAACACACAUGCCAUCCUCCCCACUCUGUUUUUGCCUUUCCUGUCCUCUGGCCCGCUUGAUUAAAAAUGAAAGCAUGUCUUGGAAAGGAAUACCAGAGAAAUACUUGAAUAAAAGCUAAAUACUGUGGAUGCUGGACAUCUGAAACAAACAUGGAAUUCUGGAGAACCUCAGCAGGUCUGGCAGCAUCCAUAGAAAGAGAAACAGAGUUAACAUUUCAAGUCUGCCUUGACUCUUCUUGUAUGACUGUUUGUUAUGAUAGAAAUGAAACCUAUACAACAGAUGUUCCGAAUAGAACAUUUUAUCUAAAGUUAUUACAAAGAAACACACUAAGAGCAGCUUACUAAGCCCAAUAAUUUCUGAUAAUGAGCAAUAAUUUUCUGAUGCCUCUUUGUUUCUUUCUUUCUUCAUCUUUUUGAGACGACCUCUUCUGUAAAUGACUGCUUUCAAAGUAAUAAAACAAAGAACUGCAGGUGCUGGAUUGCUUGAGAAACCUCAGCAGAUCUAGAAACAUUUUCACAGGGUCACUGGGCUCAAAAUAUUAACUCUGUUUUUCUCUCCAUAGAUCCUGUCAGAUCUGCUGAGUUUCUGCAGCACUUUGUCUUUGUUUUCAAAAUAACUUCCUCUAUUGUUACAAAUAUCCUCCUUUGGUUCAUAUAUAACACCCCUGUUAAUGUUCGCCAGAGAUUUACAGACAAACUGAACAGUAUGAGAUAUAUGUAAGCAAAAGAUUGAAUAUACUGAGACAAUUGAAAGUUAUCACAUUAUUAAAUGUAUGAACCUUCAGAAUGGAAUCACAAGCAUUGAAGAGUUAUAUGGCAUGGAAUCAGACCCUUUGAUCCAACCAGUCCAUGCCAACCAUAUCCCAAAACUAUAUUAGCCUGCACUUGGCCCAUAUACCUCCAAACAUUUUUUAUUCAUGUACUUUGCUAAAUUUUUUGUUUAAACAUUGUAAUUGUAACUUCCUAUGGAGUUACAUUCGGCACAAACUGUGUAAAAAAAAAAAUUGCUCCUCGUCUUUUUUUAAUCUUUCUCCUCUCACCUUAAAAACAUGCCCCCAAGAAUUAAAACCCCCCAACCUGUG